AUGGUUGCGAGUGCUAGUGAAAGUGAAGCUGAAGUGGACCUGUUUGAGGAGAGCGCGAGUGAUCAGGAGCAAGCGCUACCAGUGGCUGAAGCAGAAGCGACGGCGGCGGUACAGCGACUAGUUCCUCACGAGCACCGCCCAGAGGCCCCGCAGUGCUGUUACGUUCUGGAGAUCGCAUUUCAGACACCAAAGCACGCUUCAUGGGUGCUUCGCUCCCUCGAACUGGAUCCAGAGCUUCGACCUAGACUCGUGGAGAGGCACCUUGAGGUCACUGGCAAUCAGUUGCGCGUCGCGUUUCGAGGCUGGGACCGCCGCGUUUGUCGCAAAGCCAUCAACGCCUUUCUCGACUCGCUACAUACUUCCGUUGACGUCCUCGAACGAUUUCAAUCAGGAGAUAGACCUUGGGAAUCCGGGGCUAGUGGUUAA